GUGUUACUUUGGUCCUGAUUUACACUCGCUUAAUAAACCACAGAGCAGUUCAUACAGGAAUAAGCAACAGCGCACCUCAAAACUCGGAGCUGUCGCCAUUUACCUGUAGCUUUUUCAGGGAUAUCGGUGUUUAUUUAACUUGAGUCCAUUCGUGUCGUAAUAUUGAAGUGUUACCGGAGAAACAAAUCGUUCUGUAAGGACUUUAGUGAAGAACGUGAAUAUCCGGGAGUGUAGCAUCCGCGGCUAUCUGACUAAACGCAUCAAAUCUGACAGCCAGUAAUAUUUGUCUUUCUGUUUUAGUUGACGUUAAUGGCCGGGAAGUUUUGAUAUUUUGCUUAUUUUAUUUAACAUUUACCAUAUCGCCCAAGGAAAUCUAUUUCUCGGAUAUAAUAAUCGCGAAGGCUCCGGAGGCCGCGGAGCUGCGCUGCUAGCUUCUCACUCGCGAGUCGGCCAAGGGGAAAGUGAACAGUCAUUUCAUAUCUUGGAAUUUCUGUGGACCACUAACUCUCCCCUUUGACAGCUACACUCCUACACGGACUCGUAUUGUUUGAGGAUUUAUCAUUUUUUUCUCAUCGUCUUGAGGAUUUUCCUCCUCCGUGUCCUCAACAACCACCGACUAGCUGCUUCCGGCGAGCUGGCAACGCCGCUCAUCUCAGGAUAGACAAAACUCUCUGCCUCCUGCCCUUGAGGUGUGAGUCAGCCAGAUUUCUUUUCCUGUGGCCGUUCAGGACAGCGCUGUCAGUUAUCAGUCAGUGAUGUCAGAAGAAGGAAAGCAGAGCGCCACACCUGCCCCUGCAUCCACUAUAGACAUGAAGUCUGAGUCCACAGCCUCGCCACCUACCGGCCAGGGGGUUUCAUCUGUGUCUCCCCCGGUGUCCACAGUAACACAGCCUGCACUACCUGCAACUGAGGAUGAGGAGGAGGAGAGCGAAGAUGAAUCUGAGAUUCUGGAGGAAAGCCCCUGUGGACGCUGGCAGAAACGGAGAGAAGAGGUUAACCAGCGCAACGUCCCAGGUAUCGACAAUGCUUAUCUUGCCAUGGACACAGAGGAAGGUGUGGAGGUGGUGUGGAAUGAGGUCAUGUUUUCUGAACGAAAGAACUUCAAACUACAAGAGGAAAAAGUGAAAGCGGUAUUUGAUAACCUCAUCCAGCUGGAACAUUUGAAUAUUGUAAAGUUUCACAAGUACUGGGCAGAUGUGAAGGAGAACAGAACCAGGGUUAUUUUCAUUACAGAGUACAUGUCUUCUGGAAGCCUGAAGCAGUUUCUAAAGAAGACAAAGAAGAAUCACAAGACCAUGAAUGAAAAGGCAUGGAAACGCUGGUGCACUCAGAUAUUAUCUGCCUUAAGCUAUCUGCAUUCAUGUGAACCUGCCAUUAUCCACGGGAACCUGACCUGUGACACCAUUUUCAUACAGCACAAUGGACUCAUCAAAAUCGGCUCAGGUGGGCUAAAGCACAUUGAGUAUGACUGUUUAAAUGUUACACAUUGUAUUAUUGUUGCUGAUGUUUUUUUUUUUGUAGUGGCCCCAGACACCAUUAAUAACCAUGUGAAAACAUGUCGGGAGGAACAGAAGAGUUUACACUUCUUUGCUCCAGAGUAUGGAGCUGUUGCCAGUGUCACUACAGCUGUGGACAUCUAUUCCUUUGGAAUGUGCGCCUUAGAGAUGGCUGUGCUGGAAAUCCAAAGUAAUGGAGAGUCCUCAUAUGUGUCACAAGAAGCCAUUAAUAGUGCCAUCCUGUCUCUGGAGGACCCACUGCAGAGAGAGUUUAUUCAGAAGUGUCUGGAGGUGGACCCCAGUAAGAGGCCCACAGCCAGAGAGCUGCUUUUCCAUCAAGCUCUGUUUGAAGUGCCUCUUUUGAAACUAUUGGCUGCACACUGUAUCGUCAGUCACCAGCACAUGAUCCCUGAAAAUGCUUUAGAGGAAAUUACCAAGAAUAUGGACCCCAACCAGGUCAUAAUGGAAAGGAAAGAGGUCCAACUCAAACUCUCACAGUUUCCUGCUUUGGAGCUUGACAAGUUUCUUGAAGAUGUGAGGAAUGGGAUCUAUCCGCUGACUGCCUUCGGCAUGCCCUGCCCACAGCAGCCUCAGCAAGAGGCUGUCAAGUCCCCCAUCGUGCCACCCUCUGUCAAAACGCCUACGCCUGAGCCUGCAGAGCUGGAGACCAGGAAGGUUGUACAAAUGCAGUGCAACAUCGAGCCUGUGGAGGAAGGAGCAAAACAUCAUCUGACCUUACUGCUAAAACUGGAAGAUAAGCUGAACCGACACUUGAGUUGUGAUUUGGCACCAAAUGAGAAUGUACACGAGUUGGCCGUGGAACUGGUCCAGCUUGGCUUCAUUAGUGAGGGGGAUCAGCCACGUCUCACUACUGUGCUGGAAGAGGCAUUCUCUAGAUACUACAGCCGUAACGGCUCUCUGAAUCCUGUAACCGUUUCCUCAUAGCAGAGGGGCCAAUCUGCCAGCUCCUUUAUCUUCAUGCACGGGACGGGACUCUAGCGCUUCAUCACUCGGAGGAUUGUGUGUGAGCUUUGUCGGGAGGGAUCAGAACACCUCGAACUGAACCUCAGAAAGAAAACCACCCCUGCGCUCUGUUCUUCACACCGCUUUAGGUGGUGGAAAGUGUUGGCUGAUGGUUCCUGUGUACAUUUAUUCUGUCAGUGUAGCAGUCUGCUUCUCUGUUUUAAAAGAAGAAAAAAAUGACUCGUUAUUAUUUAAAUCAGUAUUACGAGCUGUACUUUGGAGCGUGUUUGCUUACAGUAUGUGUGGGAUCGGUUACUUCUGGUUUGCACUUUAGCAAAUCUUUAUUGUUGUCUUUUUAGGCACAUCACAUGCAUAUUUCAUGAUCUUUUAUUCACCCUUUCAAUCAUUCAUUUAUUCUUUUUUAUUGUAAGAGGAAUGCGUUACUGUGUUCUUUUGAAAUGACCAAAUAACAUUGUCUUUGUACCUUUUAAGGCACACAUUAAUUAUGGUUAACUUUGGUCUGCAAUGCAAGAUUUACGACGACUGUGAAAGGAAAGGGGUUCUCGAAGCAUUGAAAAAAGCAAACAGAUUAUUUAUCUAUAUGCGUAUGGUCUAUCUUGAAGCGUGUGUCACUUUCAUCAUUGUGGUGGCUGUUUUUCUUUUCUUCUUUAUUACCUGUGAAUGUAUGCUGUAAGUUUUCAUUUUGAUGGUUUGUAAGAGAAGGACACUUGAUUUGACUGUUUUCCCUGUAUGUGAUACAGAUAUGAGUUUCAGUAUAAAGAAAUGGUCGCCUGUGCA